CAGAGCAACACCGCACCUGAAAGCAGCAGUGUAGUGUAAUUAGCUCGGAAAAUUCACUGGAAAUGUCUUCAUGGUUUAUUCCGGAUAUUGUAGGUGUGAACUUGAUAAGACCCAUCUGCUGACUUGAGGAUUCUGUGCGAAUUCUGUUCCUUGCGGAGGAUCUGCUCCAGUGAAUAGUAACGCGUCCGUCAACAUCAGGGGAACUAAAGGGUGUGUAAUUUCAGUUGUGAAAUUAUCUGGAUAUCACCUGAAGUAAGGACAAAGGCAAAUAAACCGCAAUCAAACCUAACACGGACACGGACGGACAUCUAAUUGAAUCCUAAUAGCUUAUCGAUUUUGACGGAACGCGUACGAGGAUCUCGGAGGCUGUCAGAGGAUCGGUGAUUUAGGUUUCUUUAAACACAUCUCUGAGGACUCAACGUGGACAUGCUUCCCUGAAAAGUGCUGUUUGACUCCGAAGCAGGAGUUUAGAGUCAGUUUGCGAUACGUAGUUGACUUUUAAUCUUUGGAUAAGGCUGUUACGCGCGAAGUUUGGAUGAUGCUGUCAAGCCAAUUUAUGUUAAGGCUGUGCUUCUAUGGAACACUGAUGAUGUGUGUUUUGGGGGAGUCUGCGGAGCCCCUCACCUCGGUGGUCCCCCUGCGGACGCUGUCGGAGGCGGAGACACGGUUGCCAUGCCGAUACGACGGCGAAGGCAAGGUGGUGCAGGUGAGCUGGAGUCGAGUGAAGGGUGAUGCCAACGAGGAACAGAUCAUCAUGUACCACUUCACAGAGGGGGUGAAAGAAUUUACCCAGUUUGUGAAUAAGAUGCGCUUCGAGGCAGUUGAGCCCACCACGGAUGCGACUCUUCUCAUUCUGAGCACGGAGGAGGUGGACGAGGCCAUCUACAGCUGCAAGAUCACCACCUUCCCCUCAGGGACUGUGGAGUCCAAGAUACAGCUCACCGUGUGGACUCGUCCCAUCUCCAUCCUGGAGCCGGUGAUCCUCGUGGAGGGUCAGUCCUACCGGUCGGCGGCGUCGUGCCGUUCCGUGGGUCGGCCUCAGCCUCGGGUCACCUGGGACACGGACCUGCCGGGCCAGGCUCAGAACCGCAGCGUUGACGCACGCACCGUGUCAGGCCAGUUCUCCCUGCACCCGCUGCGCAGCUUCAAUGGCCGGCGGCUGGACUGUCUGGUUUGGCACCCCACCUACAGCGCCCCCUUCAGGAUCAGCAAUGCACUGCUGGUGCACUACCCUCCCGACGUGUUAAUCGCUGGCUUUAAAGACGACUGGUAUGUUGGGUUGGAAGGAGCUGAGCUCAAGUGCACGGGUGGGGGGAAUCCGAAGCCCACUAACUUCACCUGGUCCAGGAAAGGUGGGGCUCUACCUGAGGAGGUGGAAGAGACUCCUGAAGGCACGCUGAAGUUUGGCAGGCCUCUCAGCCAAUCAGAUUCUGGGAUAUACCAGUGCACCGCCUCCAACGUUGAGGGCUCCGCCAAGGCUGAGAUGGAGGUCACAGUGACAGCUACUCCGAAGGCAGCGUCGAUGGACGGUCUUCUGAUGAUCAUCAUCGGUGGCAUUGCCGGGGCGCUGGUGCUUAUCCUGGUGAUUGUUGUCAUAACAGUGAACCAGCACCACAAACGCAAGAACAAGCGCCUGUCCAUGGAGCUAAACGAGAAGAGGGAGGUAAUCAGCACUCUCUCCAGACAAGCUUCUUUCAGAGGGAUGAACUCAGUCAGCACAGACCAUCGAUACCCGAUGGAUGAGAUUAUGCCUCUCAGAGUGGAGGGGACUCUACGCAACAGCCUGUCCUCCCUGGAUCGGCGUUCACGGGACAGCCGCUCCACCCUGGUGGAGGGUUCCCGCAUGAGCCGAGGAGCUGGAGAGAGGAGAGCCGCACUGCCGAGUCCCACGCGGAGGAACAGCAGCGCCUCUCUGUUCCACCCUCCGCUGCACCCCUCUCCUAUCAUAAUGGACCAGACCGCUGAGAUUGUGAAGCCCAUGAACGGCAGCGCCAUUCCACCAUCAGAGGGGAGGCAGCGCUCGGCCGCCAGCGUCCGCAACAGCAGGAACCACGUGCCCUCUCCAAUCUCCAUGUACCCGCCGUUGACCGACGAGGACGAGGACGAGGAGGAGGUGAGGCGGCUGGGGCUCCAGGAGAACGGUCCGGCUGAGACCAAUGGACUGGAUCACCACGGCAGCGAGACCAACAGCUCGCUGAUGUCGGAGACGCGGUCCAGUCCGUUCGAGCAGACCAACGGGUUGCUGCGUGUCACAAGCAACGGGGGGUCGCACCUGCCCCCUCCCAUGCCCCUCCUCCAGAGGGCGCAAAUCGUCUAGAGCUGAAACCACUCGCCGCAGGUUUGGGGUGUUCUGUCGCUUCACUUGACUUGUGGGGUGCCAUUAGCGACGAGGAAGGAUUGCUUUAGGGCUGCAGCAUGUUUUUAUUGUAUCAAGCCUCUCACCUCUCCCCUUUACCAGUUCUAGGAUUGGGAAAGCAUCUUCGACCUAAACUCAUUAACUUAUUUUGUUGAUCAGUUUUUUUAUUAUUUGUUUUUCUAGUUUAUUCACUUUUGAGUGAAUGGACAAAAAGGACCGUUCUCAGCCUCCUUUUAAAUAUCAUGGCGUGCAGGUUUGUGGGGUUUCCCCCGUUCUGAUGGUGACGUCCAGCAGGGGGCGUUACACACAGGAAGACUGGACUGCAGUCAUGUGGGCGGGAGAUGGAGUUAGUUAAACUCCAGGACAAGGACCACACACACACACACACACAAUGAGCAGAGGGACGUCACACCCUAUGGAAAACAAAUGCAACACCCAAUCCACUAGGAAAUCAUCUCCAGAAGCCGGGUGGUCAGACAGGAGAUACUAUUUACAUGAGAAAAAAGACAGUAUGAAUGUAUGAAUGCAUGUAUGAAUGAAUAAAUGAAUGACUGGAUGGAUGGAUGAAUGGAAGAAAACAAAAAGAAGCUUAAAAAAGGAGUCGGUGUGGCUGAGGCGCUCAGGAAUGCGUACUGUGCUGAGGCGCUCAGGAAUGCGUACUGUGCUGAGGCGCUCAGGGAUGCGUACUGUGCUUUGGAUCACCACCCCACAGAGCCAGCAUAGUGGGCAUCCACCUUAGAGGUGGCGUUGCCGUGACGACCUCCUCCAGCCGGCGGCUAAGCGAGGACGUCCACCCAGACUCCCACUACAUGGUCCCCUCAGAGAAUUCAUCAGGAGUUACAGGAUUGAUAUUUUAGAACGGCCACAUUCCACACACGCGCACACACACACGCACACACAGACAUCUCAAGUCUUCACACACUUUGACCCCCACGGGUGGGUGUUCCGCUGGCUUCACACACAGAUACGGAUUUGCAGGUGUUCUGUCCAAAGGAAGACGAGGCUUUAAACGCUUUUCAAUGAGCAAGUGUUCAUACUGCUGUGCCAUUUUAUACCGUAAGAGAAUCUAGGAAUCACCACUGGAAAAACACAAGAGGGACACAAGUCCCCUAUCUGGUUUAUAACUGGACAUCUGAACACGUGCGUGAGGACGAUUCCCAGCCAUUGUAGCCUAUAGAAAAGACAUUUAUACUUUCUUAUGUGACACUAAUGUAUAUGAGAGAGUUUUGUGUGUGUGUGAUGUAAACAUAUUUAGGUAUAAGUCUGGGUGUGUCUGUCUAACGUGACGAAUGUGAACUGCCAACAUAUUUUUCUACUUUGCUACUGAGUAUUAUGUUACAAUUGCCUUUGUACCCAUUUGAAUGUGGGUUUAUUCAUGUUAUAUCAGUCAAAUGAGGGUUACAUAUGAUUUUUUUUGUUUAUGAUUAAUAUGUAUACUUGUGCUGUGUCUGUUUCAUGUUAUGCUGUAUGUGCACAUCCUGUAUGUCCAGUGCAGGUGGACUGUGAUGGACUUUUAUAUCACACACAGCUGUCUAACAUGCACACAGCACACACACACACACACACACACACACACACAC